AAUAUUUUCCGUUAUCGGCGGGAUACCAAUUCCUGCCACUUGUACCCCGUGUUGAAUUGUUAUCACAGUCUCACCAGUGUUGCCCACUAUUGCCGUAGUGUAUAUAGUCUGCGAUUUCGGUAGAACGCGUAUAUGGUGUGAGUUUCCUCUUAGUUGCGACAACUGUGAUGUGAUCGGUGUAGUCAGUGAAUAAUUAAGAUAUACUAAGCGAAUUAAUUCGAGUGCCGGUCGAAUGGCCUCCUAUUCGCUGAUGGUAACCAUCAGUUUAUUAGCCCUUUUAUUGUUAGCGGUAAAAGAUGCGCUUGCUGCUGUAGAAUUGCCGGCUUACCGUAUGCAGCAGUACGAACUCCUUGGAAUUUUCAGAGGUACCCGUUCAUCCUCGUUAGCAGGGGAAGCCGCUAGUUGGAGUGCUUUAUCACAACUUCGAAAUGGCGCUGGUCGAGUGGCAGUACUUCGCUGGGAAGAGAUCCAUCAUAUGAGGGAAGUCAUAGGAAAAGGCGUGGCUGGUGUAGUGCUUGUACUACCACCAGAAAAUUCUACCGCACAAGAUGAAGAUAUGGAAUUGCAAACUAUGGAACUUGAACACAAGCUUUUUCAGGACACAUAUGCCGUCGCAGUAUAUUUGGUACGUAAUUGCCCCGAAAUUGAAUCUGUUCUUUCCCGUGCAAGUGCAUCUUCGUCAGCAACGUUCGAUUUGAGCGCUCUGUGGGCUGGCACUGCCACUCAGCUCAGUAUACAGAGAGCUGCGCCAAAACAGAUUCGAAACCCACGACUGCCAACCCUAUGGGCCAAGCUAGUCGGAUUUGGACUCGAGGAACAGUUACCAACGAUAUCCAUAGUCGCCCAUUAUGAUGCAUUUGGCGCGGCUCCGCAGUUGGCGAGAGGUAUGGAUUCCAAUGCUUCAGGGGUAGCUGCCCUCUUGGAAAUCAUGCGACUUUUCUCUCGUCUAUACGGACAAAGUAAGACUCACCCUAGAGCUAAUCUAAUUUUCGUCCUUAGCUCUAGUGGAAAACUCAACUAUCUUGGUAUUAAAAAACUCAUCGAUGACGCAGUUGAAGGUUCAAACGCGGAGGUCAGCCUACUAGCGGAAUCUCAAUUCUCUAUGUGUCUUGAGGCUAUAAGUGGGCGAAGAGGUUUGAACGCACAUGUAUCAAAACCUCCGAAGCAAGGACAACCGAUGGCUCGCUUCUUUGAGUUACUAAAUGGCACGCGAUUCGAUUCCCAACCAGUGCAUCUGGUCCAUAAGAAAAUUAACCUUGCCGAAGAAAUGCGUGUCUGGGAACAUGAAAGAUUCUCGUUGAGUAAAUUGCCGGCUUUCACCCUAUCAUCACAUAUAACAUACAACGCCCGAAGCAGAUACUCUAUCUUCGAUCGGCACUAUGAUCUCGACGCACUCGUUCAAAAUGUUCAAGACAUUGUAGCUUCUCUCGCUGCUUUUGUCUAUCAGAAACCACGAGAAGUAGCUGAUGAGUUCAUGGCUGAGUCUCUUGCUGUAGACAAAGAACAUCUUAAGGCUGUGGUUGACUACUUGGCAACUCAACCACGCUCUGCAGCUUUACAUGCGUCUCGUUCAAGCCUUAGCCAGCUGGUAUCGACUCUCAAAGAGAUGAUGACUCGUUUUUUGCCGAACGAAGGAAGUGCCCAAGGCACUCCAAAAGGCCAGGCGGGUCCCACAAGUGCCGGACAAGUUCGUAUAUCUUAUUACGAGCCUGAUCGUCGAGAACCAGAGCUAGUUCUUUAUGAUCAGGCAGAAGAAGUCCUACUUAGUGUUAACGAGGUGAAACCCGUCACGUUCGACCUUGUACUCUUAGCAUGCAUCGCGCUCUACCUCCUAAUCGUCUACGGCGCGCUGUCGAAGUUUAGUCUGGUAGUCGCAGCACUUCAGCCCGCCUCCGGCAAGAAAGUCGACUAACGAAUGCUUUAGAUUUGGAUGUGUCCAAACAGAAUUACACUGGCAGUCAUUUCUAAAAAACAAGCUACUUAUAGUCCUCCCUACACUGACGCCAUUACCAGAAAAAAUUAAAAGGACGAUGCGCCUUCCAUUAAGCCACACCACUGACGCAAUUUUUCAAGGUGCUCAGCAGCUAAGUGAAUAAAUAUGUUGGCUUACAUAAACAUUGGUUACGUUAUGGUGGGCUAGUGGUAGUCCCUAACUAACAUCUUAGGUAUUUUUUAGGUUUGAAUCAAAUUACGUUGCUCGCCGUAUGCGGAUAAAGUUAACAAUCUUUAGACAGUGCAAAUAUUAGGAAAUGCAAAGGCUGUCGAAAACAUCUAAAUAGAAACAUACCAUGUAUAAGAGUGACUUCAGUAUAUAUAUAUAUAUAUAUAAACGAUAUGACAAUAUCCAUUUGCGUCGCUACUAGUCUAAAAUUCCUUUUUCUUUUAGGCUAUUAUCCUUAAAUUCAUUUUAGUAUUCUAGGAACUGGCCCUCUUCAGUUAACGUCAAUUGCUGCAGGCUUUUAGAGAAUACAAAAACACAUUUAGAAUACACUUUACUAAAAAACCUAAUAGAGAUCCCACGUUUUAUAUGUGAAUUAAGAUCUCUUGUGCCAGAGUACAUUGGUUUUUUUUUACUGCAUUAUGUUUCAUUGAUACAUAGAUAUUAUUUUGUGAUAUACGGAUGUCAACUAUGGAGCGUGCAUGUAGCAUAAAAAGAAGAUAGAAGUCAGAAUAAUGUCAAUUUAUCGUUUUGCGUCUGCACGACACUGAAAAAGAGAGAAAGAAAGACAGAAGUAAUCUGUACAAAGGAGCAUCUUAUUGAUUAGAUUAUUCGACAACGAUUACGGUCGGUGUCAGUUGUUAUACCAAUAGGCGAUAAAACUACGUUGAAUCUUCUGACCCCACUGUAGCAGAGAUUUAAAACGAGAUAGGACUAAGUGCCCUAAUUAAUUACGAAAUAAAUGCAGAUAUCUCGCGCCAUAUUCUAAAAUGCUUUUUCUUAAUUGAUCGAAGCUAAAUGUUUAGAUAGAGAAAAAUGAGAGUAAGGGGUAUCGAGGAGCCAGCGUAGUGAAUUAUCUAGGCCCAUUUGAGCUAGCAUAAUCGUACCUUUAUUGUGCAGUUAUAAUAUUAUUGGAUUUCGCAUAUCUGGAGCAAAUUUUUAUUCUGCAUGAACACACGAAGACUAAAAUGGAUAAAUAAUACUGGAUUCGUUUAGAUUUAUAAUGCUUUUUCAAACCGUCAUAUCUUCGUAGAAGCUAACGAGAGAAACUAAAGAAAAGUCUUACUUACUUGAAAAUUAUUUAGAGACUCAACCUUAGUUUUAUGAUAAAUAAUUCAAAGUUAUCUACUUCACGAAACGAGAUCUAAAAAUUUAAAAAAAACCUAAUAUUGAACCUAUACGAAACAGACUGCGAAUGGAAAGAGGGAAAAAUGCAUUGGAUUAUGACUUCAUAUUGUUACAACAUAAUCGAAAUUAAAUUCAAUAACAUUGAACGAUAUAUCUUUAUCGCGUUGGCAUUAAACAUCACGCUGCUAUGGUUGUUCAUAUCUCAGCGUUGUCUAUGAUUACCAGAAAUACGGCCUUUAGGAAGAACAACGAACUAAGUAAAAUAAACAAUUUUCCAUGUUAUGUGUCAUAGGAGGUCUAUAAAAAAUAUAAGAUAAGCGCAGCGA